ACAAACAAUAAUUAUGUCAGACACCGGAAGAAAAUCAGUAGGCGACAAGAUCUCAUCUGCUGUUAAGCCAGACAGCCAAAAGGGUACUGGUGAGUUGCUUAAGGACAACGUCACCGACAAGGUUGACAACACCGUUGGUGACAACACGAGAUCUGGCGACAAGUCUUUCUUGCAACAGGCAUCUGACGCCGUUUUCGGUGAGAAGAAGUAAUUCGCUUGACGUGAUCUUCUUUACUGGGAACUGCCGAGCAGUCCAGCCCAGCUCUUAACUACAUAGCACAGUCAAAUAAAGAAAAAUAAGUGA